UUCCUUUUACCUUCAUUUUGUUUUUACAUUUGCCCAUAUGAGUUUUAAUUACUCUUCCUUGUUUUCCUUUUUUUUUUUCCUGUUGUUUUUGGUGUUUGUGAUUCAGGAACAGCCAUUGGAGAGCAACCCAAGCUUCUAUGGAAAAACCAGUAACAACCCAUUUGCUGACACAUUUCCAGAUCCUCUCUGCAAGCUCAACCUCAAGGAAACCUCUGAUUUUGUCAAGUCACUCCCGGUCCCAAGAAAUGUCACGUCAGCACAGCGGAGGGAGGGAGGAGUGAGCUCUGUGACACAGAGGAGAGCAGUAGAAGCUCCUCCUACUCCUGGAAGGCCAGUUUUCAGCUUCUCAGUUGGCAACUUUUCGAGAAAGAGCUUUCCUUCAAAGUGGGAUGAUGCUGAGAAGUGGCUCAUAAGCACUUCCUGCCAAGAAUCUCCUGCUCACACCAUCAAGCCACAAUCAGAUUCCACAAAUAUUUUUAACCCAAAACAAUGUGAGGUUUUUGCUGAAAAAUUAAGGGUCACAGAGGAUAAGGUCUCAAAGGUGGUCUCAAGCUUCCAAAGAUGUGUUUCUCUGAACAAUUAUCAAUCUGCCAGAGCUUUCAAUGGGGUCUCAACCACAGCUGAUGUGCUUCUAAAAGAUAAAUUUGUCAACGACAUAGAACCAAUUUUACCCAAUUCCAGGUACUUAGAGCCAACUAAAGAAGGUUUUCUAUUCAAAAACUCGGCCUGUGAUGCCAUAAAAGAUGCAGGCAGCGGCACAGAAGAGGCUCAUCAUGUACACCAUCGAGAUGUCGGCACAGAGAUGACUCCUCUUGGAAGCUCCACAACUUCGAGGUGCUCUACGCUGUUCAAGUGCUCAUCUCCCGCGCGCCACAACACACCUGCAAAUAGGUCAGGGCCAUUGGCAUUGGGGCACUCUAGCAGCACCAACAACACCAUUGACAUUGCCCAGCUGCAGGAGUGCCUCGGGACGCAGUACGAUUCAGUUCAAUCGAACUGGAGCUCAAGGGAAGAAGAGGAAGUGGAAAUAUCGAAAAGCUUGAGACAUUUUGAAACAAGCAAUCCGUGGGGAGAAAGAAUUUCUGAAAUUAGAGCUGCUGCAUGGGAAGGGGAAGAAAAUAACAAAUGCUGCCUUAGGUAUCAGAGAGAAGAAGCAAAAAUCCAAGCUUGGGUCAACCUCCAAAGUGCAAAAGCAGAAGCUCAGUCAAGAAAGCUUGAGGUGAAAAUACAAAAGAUGAGUUCAAACCUGGAGGAGAAGCUGAUGAAGAGGAUGGCAGUAGUGCAUAGAAAAGCUGAGGAGUGGAGAGCAACAGCGAGGCAGCAGCACUCUGAACAAAUCCACAAGGCCACCAACAAUGCACACAAAAUGAUCACAAAUAGGCACAACCCACAUUUUUCUGGCCACAUUUCUUGCGGCUGCUUCCCUUGCAGUAACAUUAAGUAACAAUCGAGGUCAUCAAAGAAAAAAAUGCAAAAAAUAUAUAUUUAUUGAUUUGUACUACUACUUAGUCUCACAGAUAAAUCAGAACUACAUAUUUUAAGAAUGAGGCUCCAUUGUAAGUUCAAAAAAGAGCAGUAGUGGCUGCAACACUAGGCCAUUUUUUUUUUUCGUUACAAGGGGAAAUCGAAUCUGAAUUAGAAUCUACAAUUAACUUACGAACAAGGGAA